AGUUCAACAACUUAAACACAUUUUUUUGUUCAAUAAAAUAUGAUAUGGAUUGAAAGCAUAUCAUUUUUUAAUAUCUUACUUACUUUUCUCGGAAAAUAUGAAGAAUGAACGACGAGAAACUAGCGAAUCUAGUAGAAAUUGUUCCAAAAAGGGGAUAUUUAAGUCCAAAUGAGCUGAUAAAGCAGCGGCAUGUGGAAAUUGAGCCACCAAGAGUGGGGCUAAAGCGCACUCAUAAUGAAAAUAGCCCCGAAGAACUGGCAGAACUUGAAAUAGCCUAUGCUAACCUGCGAACGCAGCUAUCUGUGCCUCGCAUAGAGCGCCUGGCUGGACGCUCCUUGGCGACUUAUCAUAAGGAUCAACAAGUUGUCGAAGUUCUAAAAAAGGAUGGAAAAUUUGAACAUUUCGGCUAUAGCCACAAGGGAAAGUUCUAUUUAGAGUACUAUGAGGCAUUGUUUCUUGUGGAAUUGAACCGUCUACAAUUAGAACAUGAAGGAAUGAUCCUAUCUAUGGAGCAAAACUAUAACUUUCUUCUAGGACCUGCAGCAUGUGAUAGGUAUAAUCAUUAUCUGGUCUACUCCUGUUUAAGUCGCUUGGGUUAUAUCGUCGUCCGACAUCGGAAACCUGAAGUCAGUCGGGAUGACUGUAUUUGGGCUCUGUUAGAGGAGAAAAUUAGUCACAAACCCAUUGUUGAUGAUAUAAGAACUUCUUCUUUUUUCAAUGAAUUGCAAAGCCAAAUGGAAGCCUCUACACAAAGAAUAAUAAGCCAAGAGUUCCAAUCGCAACAUGGUUCCACCGAGUUUAAAUAUAAUUUUGGUAAACGAAAAGCAUACGAAGAAUAUUCACCAGCCUCUUCAACUGUAAGAAAGAGAGUUUGUUUGCCAACAAACCAAAGUUUGGUGGAUGUUUUGAAAGCCGAUUGCAGCUAUUUUAAGUUUAAGAGGAUUUUCCAAAAAUUCGAUAUAGUAAAACUGGCCAAAACGACCGCAACCAGCUAUAACGAUAAGAUCAAAUUAAAUAUAAUAUUUGAUUUGUAUUUACCUAAUGAGGGUUUUCGGAAAAGUUUAUGCCAAACUCCCAGUUUUUAUGUGGUAAUUCUGCCAAUGGGUGCCUUAUUUCCCACUCAUAAUGACAUAGCUCGUUUGCAAUCAAGUGUGCCAUUGCUCAUUAUAUCUGUUAGUGAAUCGAAGCAGAUACAGGCAUUUCUUUACUAUAUUAGUUAAAAAAUAGAAUGAUAACCAAGUUAAUGAAUGUAAAAAAUUGUUAAAUAUUUAGACAGUCCCCUUUGAAAUUGUCAUCAAUAUGUGUAUGUAUUAUUAUAAGCCAAAUUCGAGUUAAGUUUUCGGUUACUUAUUACAAAAAUUUUCCAGUUUCAAAAUGGUAA